AUGUCAGGUAUUCACCCGAACCAACAACAAACGAUAACAGGGACUCCGGAAUAUCUCCAGUUUAAUAAUGACUUAGAACAGACACACAAUAAAUUACAUUCAAAUGACAAUAGUGCUGUAGAUUCACCUUCGGGGAAGUCCUCUACAACAAGUACAGGUUAUGGGUUGGAGAUGCCCAUCUUACCUGGGAGGUCAAAAAAUUAUAGAGAGACACGAGCCAAUGCAAUUAGUAAUAAUCGCAAUAAUAGCAUUACUGAUGAAGCCGCAUCGAUAUUUACACCAUAUGGAGCCACAGGGAAGACUCUCGCUACAUUGGCAGACUAUAAGGACAAGGAAGAUUUACGGAAUGAAACGGAUUUGGCCGUUGCUGAACAAAUGUUUGACUCGUCUCAUAUCAAUUAUGAACGAACUACUACACCAACUAAUAUACACGAUUUUCUAUUAGGGAAGGAUGUCAGCGGAAGUGAAAGUAACAUUAACUCCAAUAAUGCCAGCGACACGAAUGCUCGCAGACUUAAUAAACAUUUGGCUCAGGUGUCUCAAAACAUAUCUCCAAACAAUGAAAAUAACAGGUCCAUGUCACCUUUGACAAUGCCCGCAAGCACUGCAUUUAACCAUUUGGAUUUUCCUAUCAAUACAAUGCUGGACAACACGUACGGUUCAACAACUGGAGCAACUGGAGCAACUGUAGGUGCUGCCGAUAAUGCAUUGAACGCGGCUCAAUUGGAUACUGUGCUUGAUAACUACAUGCCAAAUGAAAUAGGUAACGGUGCUGAGGAUAAUGACAACAAUAGUCAAUAUGGCCGUUCUAGAGAUAUCAAUUUGAAUUUAGAUCUCGGUGAGAUCGACAACAUUCGAAGACACAGUGAAGUAAGCAAUCAUAACUUGCUGCCAACAACCAACAAUCGUGCAUCGAUAUCUCAUCAAAUGGAUUUUUGGAACAUGCAAAAUAAUUCAAAUAAUUCAAAUAGUAAUAAUAACCGGGCCAAUUCAGGGUUUGCAACAUUGAUGGAACCCUCAGAUAUCACCAAUGAGGAUGACAUUUACGACCGUAAUGAACAAAAGAUGGAUAAAGAGUUAUCCCAAAUAUUAGGAGAUUACAAUUUAAAUUUCAUUGACCCAUUCACGGAACAAAGCAACUCCUUAGCUAAUAACAACGAUAUGAAACAAAUAAGACAGAACUCUAUAGGUAUGACAAACUUACAGAAUACCAUAAUACCGAUGACGCAGGUUUCUACUAACGAAUCGAAUGAUAAUCUAAGUGAUAUACCACUUGUUCGUAAGGAAUCUCUUAUUGAGGAUCCACAUUCUAAGAAGAAAUUACAAUCACAAGGGAUGAAUUCACCUCAAUCUCCAAGACAAGCACGACAAUAUAGUAUCAGUAAGAAACAACACAGAUACUCUGUGCCAAAUUUACAUGCUCCUCUGAACCAAAUGUACAUACCGGCAACAACUAACACCACCACUAAUAAUAACAGUAAUAAUAAUAUAAAUGUUGUGCCGUGGAAGACAACGGGUUCCCCAACUAGUAACAAUAGCUUGGAGAUAGAGACUCAUGAACCAAGAAGGAUAUUGUCAGCUGACGCAAACAUGCCUAUGAAUUUUGGAAUGAAUUUUGGUACCCCAUUUGGUGAUCCAUCCUUAAUGAAUAUGCCAAACGAUUCUAUUAAUGAUAAUAAUGCAUAUUUCACAAAUGAAUUCUUAAACAACAAUCUGUCAACGGGUAAUAUCAAUGCGCACAUGCCUUUACAAUUCCCAACAGGGACCAGCAAUAUGUACGGGAAUUCCUCAACUGUAGCUUCGGCUUCUGUUUCUGGAAUAACAGCUCCUUACGAUCUUUCCAGACAAAACAGUAACAGUGCGCAAUCUGGUAGAAGUAAAUCCACUACCAUUGCUAAUUUUGGUAGAACUCAUAAAUCGGAUAUUGCAAUGGCAAAGGCAAUAGGUCCUAUUGCCAGAACAAGUAUAAGUUCAAGACAUAAGAGUCGGACUCCGUCGAUCCCUAACACCAACACUGUUCCGGGAGUUAAAUUUAAGGAUAGUGAGGAAAAUGAUAAACCUUUCACGUGUGCUACAUGUGGUAAGAGUUUUAGAAGAAGCGAGCAUUUAAGAAGACAUAUCAGAUCGGUUCAUUCCCAGGAGAGACCGUUUGCGUGUACAUUGUGUGACAAGAAAUUCAGUAGAAGUGAUAAUUUAUCACAACAUCUGAAGACACACAGAAAGGGUAACACUAAAAGCAACUAG